UUCAUACAUAAAACAAAAAAAUAAAGCUGUAUGUAAAUUUAUAUUUUCGAUAUAUGUUAAUCGCGUAUUCUGACGAUAGUUAAUUGUAAAUGUGUACAUUUUGUUUCGUGUAUAUAAACGUCGGUGUUGAACUGCAGGACGCGUUCAGUCCUUUUCGAUCCACUACGACAUGGAUACGUACUACAACCACCUAUUCGUGAAACUCGCAGAUGACAGAGUGUCGUCAUGGCCGUUAAUGCAGGAUCCAACCAAAAUCUUGCUAAUAAUUUCCAUCUAUUUAUACGGGGUCUACGUCUAUUUGCCAAAGCAUAUGAAAGGCCGGAAGCCGUACAACUUAAAAAACAUAAUCCAAAUCUACAAUGUUCUUCAAGUCAUUUCCUGCUUGUACAUUGUACAUGGCUUGGGUGUUCAUGGAUGGUUCGGAAAAUACACAGUCAAAUGCCAAACGGUUGAUUACUCGGACGACAAAUCAGCUCUAAAAAUGCUCAAUUAUGUCUAUUGGACGUUAAUACUGAAGAUCGCCGAGCUUCUGGAAACUUGCUUCUUCAUCCUUCGCAACAAAAUGAACCAGGUGUCUAAAUUACACGUCUACCACCACUGUUCAACUUUGAUGUUCGCUUGGCUCACCUGCAAAUAUAUGGGAGGAGGAAUGGCAACGUUCGCAAUAAUUAUUAACUCGACCAUACACGUGAUUAUGUACUCUUACUACUUUCUCGCGGCGUCUGGGCCUAGAAUCCAGAAGAAAAUAUCAUGGGUGAAGCCGAAAAUCACGAUGAUGCAGAUGGUCCAAUUUUGGGUCCUACUAUUGCAUUCUGUCCAAGCUCUACAUCCAGAUUGUAACAUGCCAAAACUCCUAGCUUACAUCUUUCUUCCAAACCUGGCCAUUCUUUUCGGCUUCUUUCUCAAUUUUUACUUCAAAAGUUACACUUCCAAAAAGUUGCAAUAGCAUCCAAAUCUGUCUCAACAAAUUUACGUACAAAUUGCAAAUAUAUUUAAUACUUACAUCCUCCUGAUUUACGAUCACAGUCGCUAUUUGCUGUGCAGAUAUUUGUACAUAAUAUUUAAAAUCGCUUAAUUUCACUUGUUCUAAAUUAUAAUAUUAAAUUAUAAUCUUGUAAAUAA